GUGAAAGCCGCCGUGCCUACGCUACUCAUUCAGGAGCAGCUUGACCCCAUUUGUUUACUAAUCAGAACUUUCUACGGCAGAAUCAAUCCAGCAAUCAUCAUUUCCGCAAAUUAGUAGCACAUCGCCGCCGCAGUAGGCACAUUUGCACGUUGAUGCAAAUAGAACGAAUGAAUGAACGAACGAAUGAACGAAUCAGUAGGCGCCGGCCGGGCCGCACCGCACUGCCCCGCCUGCUGCGUGGAGCAAUAAACGAAGGCACGCGUGAAGUUCGCCUACUUUCGCAAGCUAACAUGGUCGAUGGUUCAUCAGUAUCAAUUGAGCCGGUAACGCGUUCAGUUCGAAUCGAACGCAGCGUCUAUUGUGCUACGCGAAUUCCCAUCGGACCGGAUCAAACCGGGAGCUUAUCCGCGGGCUACAGCCAGGUGGCUUCGGAACGUGACCGAGCGCGUGUGCCAGUGCAUUGUUUAGCGGUGCCGAUCAAUCAAUGGUCACAUGUGAUUUCCUGUUUUAUAGGUGGUGCAUUGAAGUGAUGUUGUUUCGAUAAAUCGCCCAUUAGCGGGGUGGUCCAAUGUACGUACAGAUAAUCGAGAAUAAUCCUACUUAUUAGAAACAAAAAUAAAACGACGCCACAAGAAUCCCACUCAAUGCGUUAUCGCACCCGACUGUAACCCCGAAAGCACGCAAAUCGGCACCAACCAACCAAGCCAGAUAGAGAUUAGCCGUCGUCACACGCAGUGCCACGCUACCGACCGACCGACCUAGCCACAUGGCCUUGCUUCCGCGGUGACCGCGGGGCGUAUCAACCAACUAUCAGUCACUCGCGUGUCGUUCUUGAACCCGGCGGCGGCAAAAUGAAAAUUUUCUUCCGCAAAAAGUGCGGCUUUCUGGUGAUUUUGGUGUUUGGGCUGCUGUUUAUCUUCUGGAACAACGUCUACCUGUUUCACGAGCCGCAGAUCAAACGGAAAGUGGACGACCUAAAUCAAACCGCCAGUCUGGCGCGGGUCUACAGCAGCUGGAACGAACUGAGUAGGCGCGUGGUUGUUGGCGGUAAUGCAAGUUCGAACUACGACGAAACGGCGAGAUCGCCGUUGGCGACGCCUGCUUCGACCAAUGGCACCUAUCAGCGGCACUACUUCAAUCUGGAGCUGAGCGAUCGGAUUGGCGUCGAUCGGGCGCUGCCCGACACGCGACACGCAAACUGCCAUACCCGGGAAUUCCUAACCUCACCCGGGCGCACCACAUCUGUGAUAAUCACGUUUCACAACGAGGCCACCUCGACGCUUCUGCGUACUAUCGCCAGCGUGCUAAAACGUACCCCACCCGAGCUGCUACAGGAAAUCAUUGUCAUCGAUGACUGCAGCUCGGCGCUCGAUCACGAUCUGGACUUCCUGAGCCGGAUUCCGCUGAUACGAUUCCACCGGAACUUCGUCCGCGAAGGCUUGAUCCGUUCCAGGAACAUCGGGGUGGCGUACGCCAGCGGAGACUUCGUCAUCUUUCUGGACAGUCACUGCGAGGUGAACCGCGGAUGGCUGGAACCGCUGGUCGAUCGGCUGACCGUGGAUUCCACGGCGGUGCUGAGCCCGAUCAUCGACAUCAUCGAUGCGGACACGUUCGAAUACCGGCCGAAUUCGGCGCGCUUGCGAGGUGGAUUCGAUUGGAGCCUGCGGUUCCGUUGGCUUCCGGUUGCAGAGGAGGAACUGGAGCACCGAAAUCAUGACGAGUCACUGCCGUUCUUUAGUCCGGCUAUAUCUGGAGGGGUGUUCAUAGUGUCGAAGGCUUUGUUCCAGCAGCUCGGGGGGUUCGACAGUGGGCUGGAGAUUUGGGGCGGAGAAUCGUUGGAGUUCUCGUUGAAGGCGUGGCUCUGUGGCGCCCAUGUGGAAGUAGUUCCAUGCUCCAGGAUUGGACACGUGUUUCGCCGGAAGCAUCCGUAUGGGUUUCCGCUAGGAAGUGCCACCACUUAUUUGAAAAACACCAAGCGGAUCGCCUCCGUCUGGAUGGACGAGUUCCAGAACUUUUUCUACGAGACCCGGCCGGAGGCGAACGGACUCUCGGUGGGAUCUCUACAGCAAAUGAAGGAUCUAAAGCGGCGACUGAACUGUCGAAAAUUUAGUUGGUACAUGCAGAAUGUGUUCCUGGACUUGAAGUUGCCCAACGAGAAUAAUGCCGCUUUUGGCCAUUUGAGGCACGGCGAGCGGUGUUUGGAUGUGAAACCAAAGUACAAACGGUCCCGGAAGCGAAGUCACCGUCAGCAUAGGCUCUCUCAGGGAAAUGAUGUCCUGUUGGUGGAGUGUAGCCGGGACGAUGCAGACGGUGCCACCAAAUGGUCCCUGAACAAGAAGUCCGGCCAGUUGAGUACGGAUUCGGGGGCGUGUAUGAGUGUGCGGAAUGGUAUGGUGCAUCUGGAGCAGUGCGAGGACGAAGAUGGAAAUCAGCAGUCGCAGCGGUGGGAGCGGAAGGGCGGAACGCUGGUACACAGUGAGACUAAAAUGUGCCUGGAAAACCUGGUCAGCGCCGAUGUGGGCGUGAGUGAGUGCCGUAGAGGAGCUCCUAGUCAGCUGUGGAAUUUCUCCGUGGAGAUACAGCAUUUGAAAUGAGUUAGUUAGGUAGAUAAAUAAAUUGAUUUUUUUUUAA